AUGUCGAUAUAUAUACUGGCGACAAGCUAUCUCUGGAAGCUGUCACCCAUCCUGGUCUUUCUUUUGUAUCAUGGUCUGCGUCUCAAUGCCUGUACCCCUGUCGGCUCGGUCGGCUCCCGCGAAGCGGCUGUGGUCUAUUUAUUUGUGCGAUUCCUUCAAGUCGCAAAUAUGCUCAACAAGCUGUCCGGACAGCCGGAGAGCUACGAGAAGAAAGCUCUCUACAGAUUCGGAAGAACGCUAGGUGCAGGCACCUAUGGCAUUGUUCGUGAAGCAGAGACCAGCAAUGGCGAAAAGGUCGCGGUCAAGAUUAUUCUCAAGAAGAAUGUGCGCGGAAAUGAGACCAUGGUCUAUGACGAGCUUGAGAUGCUGCAAUCUCUCCAACAUCCCCACAUUGUCUCCUUUGUCGACUGGUUCGAAUCCAAGGAUAAAUUUUACAUUGUCACCCAACUAGCUGUGGGUGGUGAGCUGUUCGACCGUAUCUGCGAGUACGGCAAGUUCACUGAGAAGGAUGCGUCGCAGACCAUUCGUCAGGUCCUCGAUGCUGUGAACUACCUGCACAAGCGCAACAUUGUCCACCGAGACUUAAAACCCGAGAACCUUCUCUACCUCACCCGCUCCGCUGAUUCCGAGUUAGUCUUGGCUGAUUUCGGUAUCGCCAAGAUGCUGCACAGCCCCUCCGAAGUGCUGACCAGCAUGGCUGGCUCAUUCGGCUAUGCCGCUCCCGAAGUUAUGCUGAAGCAAGGUCACGGCAAGGCCGUUGACAUGUGGUCGCUGGGUGUGAUCACCUAUACUCUCCUCUGUGGUUACUCACCCUUCCGUUCAGAGAAUCUGACCGACCUGAUCGAAGAAUGCCGAACUGGUCGCAUUAUUUUCCACGAGCGCUACUGGCGCGACGUGUCCCAGGAUGCCAAAGACUUCAUCCUCACUCUCCUUAACGCCGACCCUAGCAAGCGAGUCACUUCAGAGGAUGCCCUUAAGCAUGAGUGGCUGACCGGAAAGACUGCCAGCGACCGCGACUUGCUGCCCGAGAUCCGCGCCUACAUUGCACGUGCCCGCCUCCGUCGCGGUAUCGAGAUCGUCAAGCUUGCCAACCGUAUCGAAUCCCUCAAGAUGCACGAAGAAGAAGAUGGAGAGGACAUUCCCAGUCCUAUGGACAUGGGCGCUUCUGGCGACGCAGGUGCCGCGCCGGCAACAGAGUCCAACGGUGAGACUAGCCCUGCACCUGGUCACACAAAGAAGAAGAGUCUCAGCAGUGCUGCUCAUGGAGCCAUCUUCCGCGAAGUUGUUCUGGCCAAGGUUCGCGAACAAAAGGAGAACGAGGAGCGGGAGAAGGUUGAGCGCGAAGCGCGAGAGAAGGCCGCGAGUGCAUGA